AUGAAGGAAUCGUUAUUGCUUCUACUUGGUUUAGUAGGGAUUUUGUUCAGUGGGACAGAAAUUCGAGCUCAACAAAUCCAAGAUGGUUGUUUGAGAUUACUGGGUAGUGUAGCCUGUCCUGCUUACCAAUACGCAUACCUCAACCCAGCGAAUCUGUCCAACGCAUUCCCUUUCUUCACCAAUGUCAAUUCGGUAGCUACGUUCGACGCCGCCGCUUUGGCUUACUUCUCAAAUCCUUAUCAAUUCACCAAUACAAAGUUCGGUAACGAUCAACUGGGAUGCAGCAAUGCCAGUCAAGCUACUAUCAGAUGGGAAAGAACCGUUUUAUGCUCAAUGUGGGUUAAUGAGAUGUACAGUUUGAGCUGUACCGCUUUGUACAACUCAUCCACCGCAGCUACAUCAAUGAAGAUGGUUUGUCAAUCAACAUGUCUUGAAUACUCUUCGUCCGAAUAUUCCAUUGUCAAUUCAUCAUCUUUUUGUCCUGGUUCAGAUUUGACUCAAGGUAGAAGAGACACUCAGCUAGUAAAAGAUUUCACCGAUUGUACAAAUUGGACUACGUUGGCUACGAACAACACGGAAAGCUGUAUCAGUGGUGAAAGUAAUGAAGGGAAUUGCGGUUUUGGUAGUUCAACAAAUCAAUUAUGUGAUUAUUGUAAUAAUGAUAAUCCUGAUGAUUGUUGUUAUCAAGGCUCAACAGAUGUAUCUGUGUGUGGAUAUACUUUACCCGUACGGCCGAACGCUUCUUCUUCUUCUUCAUUACCCAACACAGCCACCGCCACGUCCUCUCCCACAGGAACAACAGCGAAUGACACAGCGGGGAGGUCAAGCAAGAUCACAGGUGGUAAAUUAGCAGGAAUCAUCGUUGGAAGUGUCUUGGGUGGAUUACUAUUACUUGCACUCUUGAUAUUCCUCUUAAUUUGUAUGAAGAAAAGACGAAAACAACAUCAAAGAGAUUCAGUAUCUUCAUUCGCCGCAUCUCAAGCUAGACCCAAUUCAACUUCUCAACAAGGUAUAUUCGGUUAUUUCACUUCUAAUCACGGCGGAGGAAAUGGUAAACAACCUAUGAACACAUCUGAAAAAGGUUUGAUCGGUAGAUAUAGUGGAAAUGGAAGUUCACCUACUAUGGGUGGCGAAACCGCUUAUUCCCAAAGUGCUCAUGGUCACACCAAAUCUACAGAAGGGUUAAUCGCUCCGUCUGCGGCUGCAGCGGGGUUCGGCGCAGGAGCGGCAGGCGCAGGCAUGACAGCAGGAAACAGAAAUAGUACAGGUACAGUCUUACCUAGAGUCAAAGAUGAAAACCAAUUAGGUGAAAGAUGGAUUGAACCUGGAAUGGAAGUUUCUGUUUUAUGGCCAUACCAAGCUUCUCUUCCUGACGAACUUGAUCUGCGCCCAGGAAUGAGACUCCGUGUUGUGCGUCUGUUCGACGACGCAUGGGGAACAGCAGAGGUUAUUUCUGCUUCCACCACUACGGGUGAAGGUAGUAUGUUAGGCAAACAAGGUGCUUUCCCUAUUGUCUGCGUAUCAGAGGGUAGUAGUUUAGGAAGUUCGAUCGGUCAUAGUUCAAGCUCAAAUUCACACUAA